UAGAAUAAAUUUUGAUGAGAAUGAGAGGAAACAGAAACGGGUGAGGGAGGGACUGAAACGUGUGGCUCUUGUGUUUGGAUUUUGGACCAAGUGAUGGCACUGGCGCAUCAUCAAUCUAAGCUGAUUUUGAAAUGAAAUUUUUUAAAAAACCCUUUUGAAAAUGACAACGACAACAACAUCAUCACCAUCAGCUUGGACUCCUCAAUUUCACUGUUUCUCUGUCCAGCCGCCGACAUCUUUUUGGUCAUCGAAACACCGGUUUUCUCCGAAGGUAGUGGAACUCGGGAGAGAUUUUGUCUUGUCUGCUUCACAACCCAGAUGCAAUCGAGUUUUAUUAAUUAAUCCAAGUUUUCGCUUUAAAGCAAUUAAUAAAAAUAAUGAUAAUGUGGAGAAUCCCAAAGAGGAGGAGGAGGAAGAGCAGCAGCAAUGUGUUCAAGAUGUGGCAAAAGCAGUGGCCAACAAGAAAGAGAGUGAGAGUGAUACUACGCUCCCGGAUUGGAAAAAAGACCCUUUUUCCAAAUUUCAGGGAAUGAUUGCCACUCUCCCUCCUGUUGUUUUUGUGAUGAGAAGAGCUUCUGGAAGCAAUUUUGUAAUAUGGCUAUGUGUUGCUACUGCAUUUUUGGUUGUUGCUGUGAGAGUAUAUGUGGUUAGGAAGUCAAGGCAAAGCCGUCCUGGCUCUGUAGCUGAUCUUGUUAGACGUGGCCAGCUGAGAUCUGAUAGAAGAGGCAUAUCAAGUCCUCUCAAAUAUGAGGAUCCGUUCAAUAAUCCAUUGGUUAAAGUUAGCAAGAGCAAUUCAACUGUUGAGAUGUGUGGAAAGGUUUAUCGCUUAGCUCCAGUUACACUAACCAAAGAUCAACAAGCCAUCCAUCAGAGAAGGAGGUCACGGGCAUACCAGUGGAAAAGACCAACAAUUUUCCUUAAAGAAGGGGAUUCAAUACCUCCAAAUGUUGACCCUGACACGGUCAGAUGGAUUCCUGCAAAUCAUCCUUUUGCAACUACUGCCAGUGACAUUGACGAAGACUUGGCUCAAAACAAUGUUUAUCAAAAGCAUGGUGUUCCUUUCCGUAUUCAAGCUGAGCAUGAGGCACUACAAAGAAAGCUAGAGACACUACAGAAUGAGCAGAAACUCAAUAAAUUAGUCAUUGACACCGGAAAUGCUAAAGAAUUUGAGAGAUCAUUCAAGUUUAAUCCAAAGUCAAAUGAGCUUGUCGAACGCAGCUCCUUUAAUAGCCAAUCUGGUGAUUCUAAGCCUUUGAAAUCAGAUCGUUCCCUGAAUUCUCUUAAUAGCAGUUCAUCCUCGGAGGAAAUGCAGAAGCCCUAAGCUACUCUAUCAAUAUCCUUUGUCAAAUAUGAUUAUUCUGCUGCAAACUAUGGUUUUUCAAGUCUUACCAAACAGAUCUGAAUAUUUAUAUGAAGUUGCCAGUUAAAUCUUGUUGUCAAGUUAUUUCGUCCGGUUUGUUGUAAAGAACUUUUGAGGUUGGGCUGUGAAUAGAAUGACGACCCCCCCAUCUGACUUUAUUCUUUUCAUA